UCUUAGUCGAGUAAAGGGGUAUUUUUGAGGCCAGAACGACAGUGAGGUGUUGAGGUGAGCAAGCAACUCAUCCACAGAAAGAUAUACAGCAAAUUUGAAGGUCCUUUGAGAGAUUUUCAUAAGCUGCUGUAUCAUGUCAACGGACAUCAUAAGAGAGGAACUUCAAAAUGAAUCAAGCAUGGAUGCAAACAAUCUUCAGAGCUUCAAAAGCGGAGAGACCCAUCCACCUGGGAAGUCGAGUCCUUCGUAUAUCAAAUGGAGGAGAGUUGCCAUUGCCUUGUGCAUAAUUACUCUCCUUUUAGCAGUAGGGCUAUCCACUGCGUUUGGCAUUUUCUUGGCCAAAACCGAAUGUGGUCCCCCUCCUAUGCAUAACCUAGCAACUACAAAUUACUUAGGCUCAGCUGGAAUUGGUUCUAAAAUUUCGUAUGUAUGUCCGAGUCCCUAUGUUUUUCCAAACGAUGAGAAUACAUUUGUUGUAAGCUGUGAAGAUAACUUGGAAUGGGAUACAUUAGAAAUUCCACCUUGUGUCAGACAAGCACAAAUGACAUGUGAAGAUCUAGUCCAAGAUGAGAAUUUUAGCCUUUCUGCCAACAUCGAGGAUAAAAUCUCUAAACUGGUAGUCAGCUUCCUGCUUAAAGGGGAUAUUCCAAGUACUUUCUCGGUUGAUCUAUAUUCCAAAGAGGACAGAAGAUGCACUGCUAAUCAAGACAAUCAGCAAAAAUUGAAGCUCACCAGUUUUGUUUCUUCUCGAAGGUUUCCAUCCAAUUUUCUUUGGAAAGGUCCACGGGAAGCCUCACAAGAUAUGUAUACAAUUAUGGUUGGUGAUACAAAGGUGAACCCAGUCUUGCCAUAUGAAAUUCGCAUUAGAGCAUCAGGUGAUGUCAUGGCAAUCUCUUUUAUUCAAAGUGGCUACAACAACAUCACACUGUUUAGUCUUUCCAGAGAUCUCCAUCUUUCCAAUGUUUUAUCUGCACAAAAGUCUGACGAGCAUUUUCUACACUCAGUUCUAUACACUAAACAACUAGGCCUUUAAGCAAAACUGACAAUUGCUUCCGUAAUAUUUGUUUGUUAUGUAAGCAGUAAUUACAUGUAAUUACAAGUUGUUCUCAUCAAAAUUCGCUCUGUGGUCAGGUUGAACUGCUUAAAAAUAAUAAUAAUCAUCAUCAAAUAGUUUAAUCAUACCAUCUUACCUCUACAGGGUUUGUUCCUAAUAAAUGUUUACCCUUUUAAUGACUGAAUAAAAAGCAAAUUUUGAAGUCUGACAAAGCUUAAUAGUACAUGGAUUUGCUUCCAAGACUUGGUGUUAGUUAUUGGGCAAAAAUUGGGUAGUCAUAUGUAGUUUAAUAUAUUAAAUUAAAAGUUGUUUAACUAAAAACCCAUCACUCACAAAAUUCAUCAUUUGCUAUCUAAUUGUCUACAAACAUGCACUCUUUAGUCUUGUUGACUGAAGCAGAAUAGCUAAAAGUGACUUCCCACUAAAAUUGUUUUUCUGUGGUCUCUCAGCACAACUACAAUAAUUCUCCCAGCUUUGCUUUGGCAGUGUCUACACUUACUUCAUUUACAUUAUAUUUCCAUUUCUGUUAUCAUUACACCCUGUACAUAUAGUCUAAAUCCAUUUUUCUUACUACAUACUCUUGUUAAAAAAUUUGUUUACUUACCGAUUGUGCCUAGCUUGUCUUCCUGUAUCUUGGCUUAUUAAUUUGCAUUGUAUAACAACAGAAUAUUGCCUUUUUUGUAUGUUUUCAUGUGUAAUUUUGUAUUUCUCUUUAUUUCUAAUUUAUUUUUAUAAUAAGUUUUGAUAUUCAUUAAAAUCAAUUUUGGUGGGGAUACAUAAUAACAACUGUACAAGAUGAACACUAUUUAGCAUUGAAAGGAAAGUUCAGUAAGUUCACUGGGUCACCUCUUGUUUGUUGUUACCUCUUAAUUGGAAGUUUAUACUUUGUUUUUCAGUAUACAUUCUUCUAUAAUUGUAUCACUAAUUGGUAUUCUUUGUCCACAUAUCAACUAUGUCUUGUCUUACUGCCUUUAAUUGGUAUCUGGUAUGUUUUCCUGCCUUUUUGGCAGAUAAAGUGCAUGUUCUAUAUUUCCACUUGUCCAGGUUUGGUAUAUCACUUGUGCAGUACUUUUGUGAAGUGAAUUGUGUCAAAAUUUUUGUGCUGUUUUGCUUAUUGUAAGUAUGCUUAAGUGAACAAGCCAGGUGCUCCCAGUUAAGGUCUGUGAUAUCUUUAUGUUUUCAGUGCAGAAAGACCCUCACAAGCUAUGCAGUAAUAUGUUAGGUCAGUGCUGAGCACCUAAUCACACAGCAUCACUUGCCAGGACUGAUUAUCCAACCAAUGCACAUGUAUUGAGAGGAGGAGGAUUUAUCAAGCAAGAAAGGACAAGCACUUUCCAACUGAAACUUCAGUUUCUUCUGCUUUGGAAUCUUCAGUGUCCUGUUGUGGUCCACCUUUGAAUCUUCUGUUCCCCAGUUAAGGUCAUGGAGCAUCAAUCUUUCAACAACGUGCCAUUUAGUUAGCACAUUUGCCUAAGUAGUCCCUUGUCCACUCUACCCACUAACUGGAACACACCCAUAACACUGACUAUUUAGUCCCUUUUCACUCACCUGUUCUACUUGAUGACUUAACUGUUCCCUUGACUCUGGCAACUCCUGCCCCUGCUUGCUCAUUACCUGAUUCUCCUGGUACCACUUCCCUGACUUCUGGUAUGUCAAAAGCUGAGGGUGUUAUAUUGAACUCUAUCCUUGCACAGCUGUAGAACUUCCUUGAACCAUAACCUGGCAUCAUCUAGGAUCAUCUUCACAGGUUAUUGUCUCAUUUCUGUCUGCAGUAGGACUGUAUAGUCUUCUGCACCUACUGUGAAUCCUACAUCUGCUUUGCCUACAAUGUCAGUUGCUCCAACACUGCCCAUGGUGCCUGCUGCAUCAAUGGUUGCACCUAUUACUGCUGUUUUGGCUGGCCUUCUGCUAUGGUAUACCCACUAUGUCCAACACAUCUAUGACACUACCUUAUCAUGUUGGUACAUCUGUACAUACAGCCUGCUGUUUCAUAUGUUUUUUGCACUGUUGUGAUGCCUCUUGCUGUGUCAGUUGUCCCUCCUAUGCUAGAUACUCUGGCUAUGUCAGUUACUCCUGCCAUGCAAUCAACAGUUGCCUUUUCUUUCAUUCCUCCUAUGGCUGAUAUCACUACUACAUCUGCUGCUGCUCCUACUACUGUUGAGAUUUACUACUACUUCUCCUAGGCCUGAGAACAUUCCACUUCCUAGCUCCAACUAUACUAUGUCAUCUUCUCUUGUGGGCUCUUACGCAAUGGGGAUCCUGGUAGGUCACAUUCCUCUGAGGCCUUAGUUCUCAAGAAGCCUUCCUCUCAGAUUAAUUAUAUUUUAAAUUGAUAUAAAUCUUCAUUCUGGUGUUCAGGUUGUCAUGCAGUCAUGGUCUCAGUAAGUUGCUUGAUGCCAUUAAGUGAUUGAGACCUUUUUUCUUAAUGCCAGAAGAGAAGACAUUUCUUAAUGGCCUGCUGCAGGAAAAAGCUCAUGCUUCAACAAAAACUUGCAACUCAUAGUCAACAUAAGAAGAAACAUUCUUUGUUGCCUAUGAACUUCCAAGCCCUUGUAACCCCGAACAGUAGGUUCUUGUCUGACCACUCCAAGGAUCCCCCUUCCACUGCUUAAUGGUCAUUUGUUGCUAGUCCUGAAGGUUUUCAGAACCUUGAUGCUUAAAAGAUUAGUUUUCAAGAACCCUCCUGAAUCAUUCAGGCCUUUGCAAACAACCUGAAAUAUUCAACAACUCUGCCUGGCACCUAAAUUGCCAUUUGGACAUAACAUGAUUGAUGAGGUAGUCAUAUACAAACUGUACUAUUUCAAUAAUAAAACUGGUUUUCAUAAAAACUCAUCAAUUAUCUUCAUAGUGUUACUCUCCCAACCCCAUUGAUUUUACAGCUGCAUUUUCAGUUUACACAUUUUAUGAGAUAAUUUGUAGAUGGAUACCUGAGGGUCCGAGUGGUGUUAAGAUAUGAGUGCUGUUUUUUCUUUUGUAAAUGAGACUGAGUCUGGAGGUCAUUGUAUACUGCAAUAAGGGCAUAAUAUGAUGAAUAGAUUUGUAUAGUAAUGUAAUAAAUAUACAGUGCAAAUGAAAUAUAUGAAAAUGUUCAAUAAAAAAUAUUUAAUAUGAA